UAUCUUUAUUUAAAAGGAGGAAACGUCACAAUUUGAUUAUAAGACUAUCAAAUAUCCUGAGCUCUGUCGUGAGGUUCUCUGUCGUUUUGAUUUGUUAGGGGGAUUUGGACGGCUGUAUGGACAAUAAGUAUUUAGUGUGUUGUUCAUUACAAUUAGGUGGCGGUUUGAGAGUUUGUCGAGCACACAUUAAAGUAUUUUCUAAGUCAAUCGUCCGAAAAAUCAUAUUCAAUACAACAAAUUCCUGCAUUAUUGCACUGUGUGUGCCUGUAACGUUCGUAAAGAAAGCAACCAAUGAACGCCUGUGACGUCAGGCACUAUUGUUAGCAAUCAGCCAAUGAAUGACGUUUGGAGGCGGGACAACAUGGCAGGAACUCAGCUCUUAGCUCAUGAGGCUCUAAAAGAAACAACUGUAAAAACCAGUUGAUACGUAAAUAAAGCCCGUUUGUAUUCAACAUAAAAACGUGUUUAUGAAUACAUUAAAACUGUUUUUACGUUGACUCAUGUUUACAGUCCGGCAUUGCAAUACAAGUGUCGAGGAAGAUGUCUAGUAGGCAUUAGCUCAAACACGCUAACGACUACAACUUGCUAACUUAGCUCACAAGUAAACAUGCUGCCACGCAAAAAGCGUUAAAAGUGAAACGAAGGACGUGGCGCUGGGAGCUUUACUCGCUCCAAGCGGGACGGGAUGAAGAAGUGGAACUGGCGAGAAGGACAGCGACCGCACAGGCGACGAGGCUCUGGUCAACGCCAUGGAUGGCACAGAGGCAACCGACAAUGGUCAACACAGGACGAACAAGGGUCUGGACAUAAUAACGCAUGGCCACCAUUAAGAGCACCGCAGAGGAGAUUUGAAAACCAGUCCGCCUCUUCUUCUUCAUCCUCUUCUUCUUCAUCCUCCUCCUCGUCUUCCUCUCAGACCAGCAGUGCCGCGCCAGAGCUUCCUGGUUUCUACUUUGACCCAGAGAAAAACCGUUACUUCCGCCUGUUGCCCGGACACAACAACUGUAACCCGCUGACCAAAGAGCAGUUGCAGGAGAAAGCGAGAGAGAAAGAGAGAAACAAGAUGCUCGCAGAGGAUGACAAGUCAAGAAAAAAAGCACCACGAACGGGACUGAACACUUUGCUGCUGCUGCAGAAAAGACACCUCGGCAUGUUACCUGAGAACUCCUAUUGCAGGCUGGUGCACGAGGUGAAGGUCAGCGGGAUGAGACGCCACAAGCUGGAGAUCCAGAGCGCGGACAACAGCAACCCCAACACCGACAACUUCCGACUCAUCGUGGGCGACUCUGCAUGCGAGCGAGUCUUCACCGUCAACGACGUCUCGCACGGAGGCUGCAAGUACGGCAUCAUGAACUUCAGCAGCAGCAGCCAGGGAUCUUUAUCCGUGGAAAUGUGCGACAACCUCUACUUCACCAACCGCAAGGUGAAUUCCAUCUGCUGGGCCUCGGUCAACUACCCAGACUCCCACGUCCUGUAUCCUUCAGCUUCAGUAGCGAGCUCAGUCGGCGUGCGUGUCUUUAAAGACGAUAUCGAGUUGAGUCGAGCGCUGCCUGUGUGUCCCUUGACGGAGCGCACCGUCAGGCUGUGUCUGGUCGGAGCUGCGGACACCCCCGGCUGCGUCAGUUUACUUCCCGCUUCCCUCUUCAGCAACUCCAACCCAGACCAGCCCGGGAUGCUGUGUAGCUUUAAGAUAUCCUCAGCCUGGUCUUGUGCUUGGUGCCUCAACCCCCAGUUUGACAAGACCUUCAGCACUGGCCUGUCCCGCAGGGUGAUCGUGAAAGACGCGGAGACGGGUCGAACGCAGACGUACAGCACCGGCAGCGACGUCCUGGCUCAGCAGUUUGCCGUCCGGGUGCCCGUGCUGUUUAACGGCUGCCGGUCGGGAGAGAUCUUCAGCAUCGACCUGCGGCAGCGCGGCCGCAGGGAUCAAAGCUGGAAGGUGAGUCGCUUCCAUCAGGAGUCGGCCAUCACCUCCGUGCGCGUCCUCCAGGAUGAGAACUACCUGCUUGCUGCUGACAUGCUGGGACAGAUUAAGCUGUGGGAUGUGCGAGGGACAAAGCCAGUCCAGGAGUACAAAGGUCACCACAAUGAGCACGCCUACCUUCCCAUCCAAGUCAAUGAGCCUGAAGGUCUUCUGUUGGCAGUCGGUCAGGAUUGCUACACUAGAUUAUGGAGUCUCAAAGAUGGCCACCUCCUGAGGACCAUCCCGUCCCCCCAUCCGGCCGCCAACGACAUGAUCCCCAGCGUGGUCUUCUCCUCCAAGCUGGGCGGCUGCCGCGGGCUGCCGGGCCUCCUCAUGGCCGUCAAGCACGACCUCUACUACUUCCCCUACAACACCGACUACCAGGAAGGAGGAGAGCAGCCGGGCCGCCGGCCGUUAGCGAAAGACUGACAGUUCUUCCUUCUCGCUUAUCAUUUCCGGGGGAAAAAACACGGCGGUUUUUUUGGUUUGCCAAAUUUUAUGGAUGGAGUUAUAUUUCAUAUAGGUAUUUUCUAAUUGAAAAGGGCAGCGUGUCGUUCAUUUCCGCGAAGACUGCGCUGAACUUUUGACCUCAGAAGAGCGACGUUGAAGUCUCAGGGGGAAUGUUGUGCUGUGACCCGCUGGGUUGUGCCAAAAAGGAAAUGGAAGUGCCGCAUACACGAGAGCACGCAAGUACCAGAUUUCUCUCAAAAAAAGUGCUCUUACUUACGUCUUUGAUUUUUAAAGCGAUUUGAAAGUGAUCUGAAUUUGAAGAGUGAUAACUGUAAAUCAACACAUUUUCUAAUUGCUUUUCAAUGAACAUUUUUUUAAAGCAGCAAACGCAGGUCUACGACUUUUGAGUUUCUGCAGUUUAAUACAUGAUCAUAAACGGUAUUGCUUUGUUCCUUG